UCACCAUGGCCAACCCAUCUUCCAAUAUUAUCAUUCAGCAAGAUAAUUCUUCUUUUCCCAUCACUGUUAUUCUUGAUGACUCAAACUACCCCCUUUGGUCCCAGUUAAUGGACAUGCGUAUUGGUGCUCGAAACAAAUCGGGGUAUCUCACUGGGGCAACUGCGAAACCCUCCAUUGAUGACCCAACCUAUGAUAACUGGAUUACUGAGAAUAAACGGGUGAAAAGUUGGCUUAUUGAUUCCAUGAGUCCCCCGUUGAUGCAGCGGUUUAUCCGCCUUGAAUCUGCCCAUCAAAUUUGGGAUGCAGCUCUCCGCACAUUCUACGAUGGAUCCGAUGAAACUUGCCUCUUCGAACUGAACCAACGAUCUUUCUCCACCAAACAACAUGGUCGUCCCCUCUCUACUUAUUAUAACGAACUACUCUCCAUAUUUCAAGAAAUUGAUCAUCGUAUGUCUUCUUCUGAAACCACCGUGAAUGGCGUAGUCCAGAUGCAUUCUUCCAUGGCUCGUCUACGUGUCCACAUCUUUCUUAGCGGCUUGGAUUCUGAUUUUGACCAAGUUCGUGGAGAGAUUCUUCGUAAAGACCCAAAAUUGGAUCUUGAGAGCACAUAUGCCUAUGUCCGUCGUGAACAUCAACAACGUAUCACUAUGGGUCGUCCUGCUCCUACCUCGGAUUCCUCAGCUCUACUAUCUCAAGUUCCUCAUUCUUCUGCGGCCAAUUAUCCUCCUAAACACCGCAAGGAUAGUUCCUCUGCGAAACCCUUGUUAUGUUCUCAUUGUGGUGAUUCUGGUCACUCCAAGAAUCGUUGCUACGAAAUCAUCGGCUAUCCAACGUGGUGGGACUUCACCAAACGUCCUCGCAGAAAAAUCUCCUCCAAAGCCCUCAAUUCUUCUUCUGAUGGUGACUCAUCUCCCUCUCCUCAAGCUAAUGUUGUGUAUGAAGGUAUUCUAGGACGUCCAGACCAAGGUGAUUCUUGGCUAUGGUGUUAGACGUGGUAAUCUUUACUUCUUAGAUGUCUCUGAGGGUGGUACUGACUUGCAUUGCAGAGCAUCUGCUACUAACACUCCAGAUUCUUCUCAUUCUGCUACUUGGCUUUGGCAUAAAAGACUCGGACACCUUUCCUUUGGUUAUCUUCAAAAAUUGUUUCCCCAUUUAUUUUCAAAUUGUCAUUCCUCUAAAUUUCAAUGUUCUACUUGUGAAAUGGCUAAAAGCCAUCGCAUUCCCUUUUACCCCAGUAUGAAUAAAAGUUGUAUUCCCUUUCAAGUCAUUCAUUCUGACAUUUGGGGCCCUGCUAAAGUCCCUUCGUUUUCUC